GUACUUAAGAUCCUUGUUAUGGCCUUAGUGUGGACGUAAGUUUUUGUUUUUGGUUUUUUGGUUGUUUUCUUUUUGUUUUUGUUUUUUGAGCACUUACACCAAGGUGUGAUUUAUCAUUUAAGGAUAUUUAGAGGCUUAAAGGGGUAAAAGUACCCACUACUUCACAAGAACAACAACUUCCAUUUUGUGUGUAUGUGUGUUUAACAGAAGUAUAGUACUCUAGUUUGGGAGCCACUGCUCUAAACUAAGUGGUGCAGAGGUUUGUUCUGACACAAGACAAAACGAACGGAGUCAUUUUUACCUAUGAAUGCACAAUACAACACUGGUUUAACUGCAACUUUCACACCCGUCGGACUCUUCCACUUUCCUGUACGUCAUGACGCACUGCGCUCUGAUUGGUUGCUUUCUUCGUGGCCUGGCAACCAGAAGAGGCUUUACCAAACAGAUAUAUCCCUCACCAGCAAGCAUCCAAGCUAGCUACAAUCGCUAGCUACUUCUGUUUUGUGGAGUCAUUUAAUCGUCCAAAUAUCAUCAUGUCUUCAAGGACUCUGCCGCUGCUCUUCAUAAAUCUCGGUGGGGAGAUGCUGUACAUCCUGGACCAGCGGCUCCGAGCUCAGAAUAUCCCUGCUGACAAAGCUAAGAAAGUUUCCACAAUAGCUGGCUGGAUAGAGGAGGACAGACGGAGAGUUAUGAAUGACAUUAUCACCACCAUGUUCAACAAAAAGUUCCUGGAGGAGCUUUUCAAGCCACAGGAGCUUUACUCCAAGAAGGCCCUGCGGACUGUGUUCGACAGGCUGGCCCAUGCAUCCAUAAUGAGACUCAAUCAAGCUAGCAUGGACAAGCUCUAUGACUUGAUGACCAUGGCUUUUAAGUACCAGGUGCUUCUGUGUCCCCGACCGAAGGACAUCCUCCUAGUGUCCUUCAACCACAUGGAUGCAAUCAAAGACUUUGUGAAAGACACUCCCACCAUUCUCAGCCAGGUUGAUGAGACUUACCGACAGCUCAUAGAGAUGUACACACCCUUAUCUAGUGGUGAAUUCCAGCUGAUUAGACAAACUCUUCUAAUCUUCUUCCAAGACAUGCAUAUAAGGGUGUCUAUUUUCCUUAAGGACAAAGUGCAAAACUCCAAUGGCCGCUUUGUGCUUCCCACCAGUGGUCCUGUGCCUCAUGGAACACAAAUCCCUGGCUUGAUAAGGAUGUUUAGCUGUACCGGUGAAGAAGUGAACAGACUGCAGUAUAAUAAUGGAGGAAACUACACCGCUGCCAUCCGGGAAGGAUCUUUUGAGAUUUUUGGAGACAGGGUCACCAAACUAGGCACAAACAUGUACAGUGUAAGCCGUCCAGUGGAAACCCACAUGUCAGGAACAUCUAAAAAUUCUGCUCAGCACACUAAGGUCAAUGCUGCUCCCAACCCUCUGGCCAAAGAGGAGCUGAAUCUAUUGGCCAAGUUAAUGGGAGGGUUAGAAGUUCAUAAACCUGGAAACGCAGACAGUGGUUUCCGAGUCAACCUCUUUGCCACUGAUGAGGAAGAAGAAGAGGCAUUAAUAUCAAGACCAGAUGAGCUUUCAUAUGGAGUCAUAAAGAUCCAAGCAACAAAGGACCAACAGGCCAAUGCUGAGCUGGCUAAGAUCAUGGGAGAGUUCACAGAGUCUGGAGAUCAAUCUCCCAGCGCCAGCAGCAAAGGAGACGACCUUCUGGCCAUGAUGGACGGUCUGUGACAUGUCACUAGUGCCCAAGUGGUGGGGCACAAUGCAUCGCCAGCAGUCUGUUCCACUGUAGACUAGUCUGCUGUCUGUACCUGCAAAAACACUGCAGCAACUUCACAUGCAGCCAGAAAUCCUUGUUUGGGUGCUUUUAAAAUGCAGAUGCAAGCAGGUAUUGCCACUGGUUGUCAAAUGACCUACUGCAAAUUUGCGUAGUUAAUAACAAAGAAUGUGUCAUGAGCCAGGCUUUAAGCUGUAAUACACUGUAAUAGUAUGUUUGCUGUAAACUGAGAAGAGUUUCAGUGCAUCGAGAUAUACAGUAGGCCUAUAUCAGUGUGUUGAACAUGUUUAUUUGGUAAUAGCAAAACACCUGUUUGUAUAAUGUCCAGAUGUUGCAUUUUUAAAAUCUGACGCAGACUACGCUGCUGUACGUAUAAUACACAUUCCUUUAAUUUCACACAAGGUCUCUUAAAUUUCAUGAAUACAUAACCGUUUUAGAUGAUUUUCAGGUUUAUAGUCCAUAAUUCUAUGUUUGUGGAAUACACAGUGUGAAGAGGGGGAUAGAUAACUUCUUCUGUAUUCUAAUGAACAAGUGAUUAAAUGAUACUGUGGGGGAAUCAGAGAAAACCCAAGUGCUCUUUCUAUCGUGAUUCAAAGUUCUCUCAAAACUUUACUUUGGUAAGAAAUGUGUUUACGUGACAUCACGCUGUACUACUUUAAAACAGUAUGAGGAGCGGCUUAGACAUUUUCCUCUACCCUAUGAUGUCUCGUUGAGAUGUGGCCCAGAAAUGUGCCCAUUGAUGAGUAUAUAAUUAUAAUAGAGAGCAAUGCAAUAUAAGGAAUUGUCUAACAUGUAAAUACGUUUAUUGCAUAUUUUAUUUAUUUCAUUGUAUUAUUUUCUGUGCAUAGGGAAGUGCAUAUUGCUGCAAUUGUCAAAUUGUUGAAUGUGCAGGAUUUUUAAUAAAUUGUUGAAUAAAA